AUGGACCUGACAUCAGCAUCCGGCCUUAAAAGGAGGCUUCCCUCCGCCUCCUCACCCUCUUCCAAAAGAGAGAUUGUCAAAAGCCCUCCUUGUCGCUCACCCUCUUUGUCCCGGUCUUCGCCAUCAUCUGAUAGGUCUUCACCUUCGUCCACGUCCUCAUCUCCCUGUGCCAAAUCAUCGGUUCUCCCGAACCAUGUACAAGGUCAAACUUGUGCAUCAGAACUGGUGAGGGUGUCCUCCACAUCUGCCUCCCUUGCAAAGUCAUCUCUUUCUACAUCCAAAGGCACUUUUGCGGAGUCUUUUCCUCACACUUUGUUACAGUCGAGUGAUGAUUAUCAAGAGGAAGGUACAAAAAAGGAGAUGUAUGACCCUUUCCAUCCUACUGAGGGAGAAAAGGAUGGAAAGAUUGAGGAAGAUGGCGAGAAGUAUGACCCAUUUGAGCCCACUGGUUCUCCAGCAUCAGACGACGACGACGAAAACAAGGAAAUAAAAGAAGAGCUGGCAAAUACGGACAGAGAAAUUGAGGACGACAAAGAUGAGGACCCUCCAGAUUCUACUGACAUUUUCUGUGACCCUCUGAGCCCUCCGUUGGAUACCCAGCUCCCUCACAGAAGGCGAGUUGACUACAGCAGUACUAAAACUCGAGUUAAAAAAGAAAGGACCGACUCCGACCAUUCUGAAAUUGAAGAGGGAGAGAUCGUUGUGGCUAUUGAGAGAGAUGUUGGCACUAAGAGAACGGCAGGAGAAAAUCUCUCUUUGAAUUCUCCUAAGAUCACGUUCUUUGAUCCAAAACCAGAGCGCAUCCUACGUGUGCUAGAUGGAGAUGGAUUUGUGUCUGUAUGUGCUGACAGCAAUUGGGAGGUGGACAGGGAGCCAGCGGCUGAGCCUGUUGUAGGAGUGGAGGAUCUGAGAAGGAAACUGGUCAGCAAGAGGAAGGAAAGAUAUCUUGCCUUUCCUGGUUCUUCACCACUCACUUGUCAACUGCCACCUUCAGCUUCUCCUCCUGCUGAAGCCAUACCUUCAUCUCCUCUCGCACCUUCUGCUGAGCAAGGAAGCACGAGUCACAAGUCAUCCAAAGGUUCCAAGGAUCAGACCAGACAGAGAAGCAAGGAUAGGAAGGCUCGGGAGAAGGAUGAGAAGAAAAAGAAAAGAAGGAAAGACAAAGAGGGAGGUCAUGAAAGGAGCAGAGAAAAGAAGCCUGGGGAUAAGACUCACAAGGAAGACAAAAGUAGGAGAAGCAGCAGAAGUAGUAGUCGGAAGAGGAAGAAAACUCAUCACAGCAGCCCAGAGGCUUCAAAAUCACGCAACUCUUCUAGACGAGAGGAACACAGCAGACACUCGUUCUCUAGUUUUUCUGUGGAACGCCACAGAGAGCGCGAUAGAGAAAAAGAUAGAGACAGAGGUAGAGACCGAGACAGAAAAACGGAACGAGACAGGCAGAGAGAGAGAGAAAAAAGCCGGACCAUUAGCCAGAAAAGAGAUGAAACAGAUUCCAGACAUUCGAGCUCAAGGACAGAGGAGAGGAAUCGGAAGGGAAUUUUUCAUUCAAGCAGUAGAGAGCGGGACAUUUCAAAGAGGCCUAGAAGAAGCAGAGAAAGAAGAGAAACCUUAAGAGCUCGGGAGCAUGAGAGGGAACGUCGCCGGGAUGGGCGUCCUGUUGUCCCGCCAUCGAUUCAGGACCUUAAUGGUUCUGAUCUUUUUGCCAUCAAGCGAACCAUAACAGUCACUACCACCACAACCACUACCACUGUACCUGGCUCUCCUAUACUUACUCAGGCCUCGCCAUGUCGCAUUGUACAGGACUUAGAUAUGUCCCACAAGAGAAAGAAGAAGAGGAGAUGGCACUCAGGUGGAGAGGAGAUGGACAGGGGAACUUGUCGUAGCCGUUCACAGUCACUCUCUCCUCUGCGGUAUCACAGCUAUGAGUCCGACCGCUAUUCUGAUAAAUUAGAGAUAGAUAUGUUGUCUUUAGAUGGUGAGGCUUUGGACUCAGACUACCCAUCCUUGGAGGAUACACCUCCACCGGCUCUUCCUCCAGACCCACCUGCCCCUAGUCCCAAAUCUAAAACGACCCCAAAGACUGAACGGCAACACCCGAAAAAGAAAAGUCGCACAUCAAAGAAAUUGACUCAAUCAUCCUCAUCCUCUUCUUCGAGUAAAACUAAAGGCAAAGGCCUGUCUUCGCUUUCAGUCACUUCCGAUUCUGCUUCUGUUUCAACUGGCCUUCCUGUAGCCAAGAGAACCAGAAAGGUAGGGAAAGAGAAAGUGUGGGACAAAAAGGAUUUGGGUCGCUCCAGCAAAUCUAAGAAAGAAAGCAGCGGUCGGAAAGGCAAACUUCAGUCCAAAGUGUCAGUUUUAGUGCGUGAGGGUGUAAGCAGCACCACUGGGACAUCAGUUGGCUCUGGUAAGCUGGGUAUGGACCUCCUCGGUCCUGGUGGUGCUGGAGGAGUCUCUGGAGGGUCUGUGGUGGGUGGUUCGAUUGCUGUAGUCUUCUGCAGAGAUAACGAGAGCAGGUCACCAUUCCUCAAACCUUGCACUGAGCCUCUGUCGGGAGGAGUUCGCAAUAAAGAUCUGACUAGUAUGGGCAAGCGAAAUAGCCUAGCAGCGCCACCACCCUCUUUAGCCAGUCCUGUGGGAAUCAAAUCGAAAAAAACAAAGCCUGCCUCUAUCACAUCCACUUCAUCCUCUACCUCCUCCCCUUCAUCGACUUUGGUUACCAAGCGCCGCCGCCGCGUGAUUAAGAAAGUCCGGGAAAAAGAUGGAGCGUCAGAUAUGGCCGCUGGAGAUGGAAGUAAAUCAAAAAUGACUUCUGAAGGCUGGAGUGGAGUUUCUCAAGAGGUUCUUUCGGUUGCCGUGGAUGGAAGCAAGCCCAUUAGUCCACAUUCUGGCCAAACUGGCCCUGCUCCUUGUUCGUCAUCCUCUUCUUCCUCCUCCUUUACAAGUGUGCUCCCGCCCUCUUCUUCACCACCCCGUACACCUCCACUUUCUAUGGCUCCUUCACGGGACACCAGGGAAUCUUCACCAGAUUCUCAGACAGUGGACAGCAGCUGCAAGACCCCAGAGCCUUCUUUCCUCGUUGAGGAAUGCCCCACCCAAACCAGCCCCAUGCUUCCGCCGUCCAGUCCACCGAGCCCGACUGAGCCCCAGGGGUCUACACCUACCAUCAUGCAGCCCCCUUCAGAAAAUGCAACCAUUUCUGUGGCCUCGCCCCCUUCUUCUUCGUCAGUAGGAGGUGGUCUUGGUUCCCUUUCGCUACCUUUGUCCUCAUCAGACCCCUCUUCCUCCUCGGUGUCUUCGUCAUCUGCCAGUAAGCUUCCUCCACAGUCUCCUCUGGCGGCUCCUGUUCUACCAUGGAGUCUUCAGACAGGAGUGGACUGCACAGCUGGAGGGGUUCUUGCAUUAACUGCCCUACUCUUCAAAAUGGAGGAAGCAAAUAUUGCCAGCAGAACAAAAGCUCAAGAGUUCAUCCAAGCGACCAGCCAGAUCCUCUCACAAGCAAACCAGAGCCAGUCUCAGGCUCCUCCGGCCGCUUCCUUGACCUCCUCCCAGAUUCCUCCUCCCCCUCCCACUCUGCCCCCGCCACCUGGAUUGAGCCCAGCACAGUUCAUCCUCCAAAGCUCCCUGCCGUUGGUUGGUUGCACCAAAACGCCACCCUCUCACUUGCACCCCACCCUUGGUGGCGGAUGCGCACAGACGCCCCCACCUUCUGUGCAUGUUGGGCUGCCAGGAUUUACUGGGAGCUCUGGGGAUGCUUUUUGGGACAAUGAAAGUAAAGACCCUGAUAAGUACCUGAAGAAGCUCCACACUCAGGAGCGGGCAGUGGAAGAAGUGAAGCUUGCUAUCAAGCCGUACUAUCAGCGCAAAGAUAUCAACAAGGAUGACUACAAAGAUAUCCUCAGAAAAGCUGUUCACAAGAUCUGCCACAGCCGCACUGGCGAAAUCAACCCGGUUAAGGUCAGCAACCUUGUAAAGCUGUACGUCCAGCGCUACAAGUACUUCCGAAAACAUGGGCGCAAAAUGGAUGAAGAGGAGCGGGAUGACAGAGAGCAGGGCGGGGCUUUUUGA